AUUUUACAAAUUUUAUUCACUUAAUUUUUAAUUUUCUAAAUUCCACCACCACCUCCGUCCCCUCUUCUUCUUCUUCCUCUGUCUCCCUCCUUUCUCAGAUCUACCCAAUUUCAAUUCCAAUCCCCUCCGCCGACGCCACUCCGAUCACCGUCUCCGACUUUCCCCCUAUUUUCCGGCCUCCGAAUUAUUCGCAACACUCUCUCUGAAUGAUGUGGGGGACGAUUGCCAACCUGAAAGAGAAUCUCAACAAGAUGGCGCUCGAUGUCCACGACGACAGCGACGAAGAGGAGCUUGAGAUCUACGCUUCGAUCAAUGGAGGAGCGCAAGGCUCGCCUAUUUCUGGUCGGAGAAACUCCCACAGCUCCGCGCAUUCCAAGUCCCCGUCGUCGCGCUCGCCGGUUCCGAACGGCGGCGUCGGCUCCGGUGUUAAUCCAGAGAUUGAACAAUAUCGAGCUGAGAUUAAGAGACUUCAGGAAUCUGAGGCAGAAAUUAAAGCGUUAUCAAAAAACUAUGCAGCUUUAUUAAAGGAAAAGGAGGAUCAAAUUUCUAGAUUGAAUAAAGAAAAUGGUUCAUUGAAACAAAAUCUGGACACAACUACUGCAUCUCUGAAUGCAUCUAGAAUUGAAAACUACAAAGCGGCAGCAAAUGGGACCAACUUGCACAAGGGAGGUAGUAAUCAGUCACCCAACCGUCAGCAAAGAACAGCAGGUCAAGCAAAAACCAGCUAUUCUGGACACCAGAGACAAAAUGGUGUUAUCCAUACACAGGAUGGGAAUGGGAUAAGCAAUGGAAUUGCACAUCUUUCAGAUAUGCAGGGAAAUGAAAGGGAGCUUGCAGAUUCACUAGGACUUGAGAUAAAGCAGUUGCGGAUGGAACUAGAAAAAGAACACAACCAAUUGGAAAAUGUACAGCGAAAAUUACAAGAGGAGCAGAAAUUGAAGGGGACCAUCCAGGAAGAGCUCAAAUUUUUGAAGUUGGAUAGAGAAAAAACCUCCAUUGAAAUCAGUAAAAUACACAAUGAGUUGAAUGACAAAAUAUCUGAGAUAAGUCGAUUGCAAAUGGAGUUGAAUAGGCGGGAGGAUGGAAAUGCAGAGAACUUUAAAAGGUUGAUUGCAACCCUGGAGAAGGAGAACAACAGUCUUAAGAUGGAGAAGAAUGAACUUGAGGCUGCUUUGAGAACGAGCAGGACGUUAGCUGAUAAAGAAUCCUUAGAUCCGUCAGAAAGUUUUCCUGGGAAGGAGGAAAUGGAGCUAUCUUUGCAUAAAAUUGAUAGUGAGUUGAAGGUAGCACGCCAGGAAAGGGACAAAGCCUUGCAAGAAUUGAAACGCCUCAAACAGCAUUUAUUAGAAAAGGAAUCUGAAGAAUCGGAGAAAAUGGAUGAAGACAGCAAAAUCAUUGAAGAACUCCGACAAGCUAAUGAACAUCUGAGAGCUCAGAUAUUACAUCUGGAGAAAGCUCUUAAGAAGGCAAUUGCAAGUCAGGAGGAUGUCAAGAUGAUCAACAACAAUGAACUUCAGAAAUCAAAGGAACUUAUUGAUGAUCUGAAUAAAAGACUUGAAAGUUGUAUGAGUACAAUAGAUGCCAAAAACGUAGAACUGUUGAAUCUCCAAACUGCACUUGGUCAAUACUAUGCAGAAAUUGAAGCGAAGGAACAUUUGGAAGGAGAUUUGGCUAGGGCAAGAGAGGAAUCAGCUAGGCUUUCUCGGCUCCUGAAAGAUGCAGAUCAUCAAGCUGAGGUAUCGAAGGCCGAAAAGGAAGAAAUUUUGUCCAAACUUUCACAAGCUGAAAAGAUAGUACUGGAUUGGAAAAGUAGAGUGAAUAAACUUGAGGAAGAUAAUUCAAAGCUACGGCGAGCUGUUGAGCAAAGUAUGACCAGGCUUAAUAGGAUGUCAAUAGAUUCAGACUUUCUUGUUGACAGGCGCAUUGUGAUUAAGUUACUGGUAACAUACUUUCAGAGAAACCACAGUAAAGAGGUUUUGGAUCUCAUGACUCGUAUGCUGGGGUUCACUGAUGAAGACAAGCAGAGAAUAGGAGUUGCUCAAGGUGGCAAAGGUGUUGUUCGUGGUGUUUUAGGUCUGCCUGGCCGCCUUGUUGGCGGCAUUUUGGGAGGCAAUUCAGCUGGUGGAUCAGCAAAUGCUGCAUCUGAUAACCAUUCCUUUGCAGACUUGUGGGUUGACUUUCUUCUCAAAGAAACUGAAGAAAGAGAGAGAAGGGAGUCUGCAGAUGAUUCGGGCCAGUCUCAGGAGGAUGCAUAUAAAAGAAAUCCAUUGGAACCUGGCCAUAAGCCAUCCACCACUGGUUCUGCAACUGACUUCUCGAGGACAAAUUUAUCGCCGAUCCAGAACUCAAACCUUCCACCUUUCCCGAAUAAUUUUCGGCAGCCAGAACCUUCUGAUUCCGAAUUUUCUACUGUUCCUCUCACAUCGUCAGAGAACAAUCCUUACGCCCCGAGACAGCUUCCAAGAUACUAAAAGUUUGUCACAUUGUGUAAUUAUUCAAAGGUAUAGAUCAUUACUUGAUUUUGUAGCUGUGCAAUCUUGUUCAAUCUAUUCUUUCACACAAGUUGAGUCGUGCAGUCACGUAUCCCUUUUGCCUGGUUGUAAUUGUCUAAUUAAGUUGACAAUUAAACGGGAAAAUGGAGAACAUUAAAAAAAAAAAAAGAAAGAAAUUUUAUGGUACCUACUUGUACGUGAUAUCUACAUUUAUAAAUAUGACAACAUAUUUGUAGUCAAAAUGGUAAUACUGAGUCGUAUUUUUUACAA